UUAGACAUACAUUCCAUGGAGAAAGAUAAGUAUUGAUGAGUAACUGUUUGAAGUUGUUGUUGUGUUCCAGAAUAAAUAGCAGAAAAUGAAACUCUCAUGAGUUCUGUCUGAUUGCAUAGCAUUGGUUGGUAGUUGUCUCAAAAAUCUCUUGCCCUUUGGCAAUAAUCAAAAUCCAAGCUACUGUUCAUCAAGCUACACAAUCAUCACUUGGUUCCACUGCAAAAUUUCACUUAUUCUUAUCUCCAUACAUUUGAUUGAACUCAAUUCUGGUUGUGGGUUUGUCAUUUACUGGAAGACAGGCUUUGAGGUUAGAAGUUCAAGUUUAGAGAAUGAGUCAUCCUAAGAUUAAGCGCCGAGUUGGUAAAUAUGAGGUAGGGAGGACCAUUGGUGAGGGUACAUUUGCAAAGGUGAAAUUUGCAAAGAACUCUGAGACUCAACAGCAUGUGGCUCUUAAAAUUCUUGACAAGGAGAAGGUGCUCAGGCACAAGAUGGCUGAACAGAUCAGGAGAGAAGUAGCUACAAUGAAAUUAAUCAAGCAUCCAAAUGUUGUUCAAUUGUAUGAGGUAAUGGGAAGCAAGACAAAAAUAUAUAUUGUUUUGGAGUUUGUGACUGGGGGAGAGCUCUUUGACAAAAUUGUAAACCAUGGACGAAUGAGUGAAAAUGAAGCACGUAGAUAUUUCCAGCAGCUUAUAAAUGCUGUUGACUAUUGCCAUAGCAGGGGUGUCUACCACAGAGACCUGAAGCCAGAAAAUUUGCUGUUAGAUGAGAAAGGGAACCUUAAAGUUUCUGAUUUUGGUUUGAGUGCCCUCUCCCAGCAAGUUAGGGAUGAUGGACUUCUCCAUACUACAUGUGGCACUCCAAAUUAUGUUGCUCCUGAGGUCCUCAACGAUAGAGGCUACGAUGGUGCAACUGCAGACUUGUGGUCAUGUGGGGUGAUUCUCUUUGUAUUGGUUGCAGGUUACUUGCCUUUUGAUGACCCUAAUCUUAUGAAUCUCUAUAAAAAGAUCUCAGCUGCUGAAUUUACUUGCCCCCCGUGGCUUUCUUUCAGUGCCAGGAAAUUGAUUACACGAAUCUUGGAUCCUGAUCCUAUAACUCGUAUCACUAUACCUGAGAUAUUGGAUGAUGAAUGGUUUAAGAAAGAUUAUAAGCCUCCAGUUUUUGAGGAGACUGGGGAAACCAACCUCGACGAUGUUGAAGCUGUUUUCAAAGAUUCUGAAGAGCACCAUGUGACAGAGAAGAAAGAAGAGCAGCCUACGCCUACGGCCAUGAAUGCUUUUGAGUUAAUUUCCAUGUCCAAAGGGCUGAACCUUGAAAACUUGUUUGAUAUAGAGCAGGGAUUCAAAAGGGAAACGAGAUUCACAUCAAAAUCACCUGCAAAUGAGAUAAUCAACAAGAUUGAGGAAGCUGCAAAACCUCUUGGCUUUGAUGUGCAGAAGAAAAAUUACAAGAUGAGGCUUGCAAAUGUGAAAGCUGGAAGGAAGGGAAACCUUAGUGUUGCCACAGAGAUAUUUCAAGUGGCACCUUCUCUUCACAUGGUUGAAGUACGGAAAGCAAAAGGAGAUACAUUGGAGUUCCAUAAGUUCUACAAAACACUUUCAACAAGCCUGGAUGAUGUUGUUUGGAAAACAGAAGAUGAUAUGCAAAUGCGAGAAACAAAGUGAUAUUUGAUAUCAUCAUGAUCAAGUGUAAUUUUCUUUAUGUUUUAUGUUCUACUAUUUUCCAAUUUCUUGAUUCGUUAUUUCCUCCAAGGUUCCUUCAUUUAGGUUUGUUUGGAUAUUACAUAGUAGUACUCAUAUAUUGCGUACCAUGCUAUUAUUUUUGGAAAGCAUGCGGGAGUUUAAGUAAGAAUUUUACUCAUCAACAGUUCCAGUUAUGUUCAUGAAACAAGUAAUUGUAAGAAAAUUUGUACACUGUAUAUAUUUAUCUAUCUUUCUUUUCUAGUAAUAUCUUCUCCAUUUGCU